AUGCAAUACCUCAAAUUAGAACAAGAAAUAGGAUUCCGUGUUAAGCAAAAGCUCAAAGAGAACAACGUUGAAUACCUUUGGCAAUCCCGAGCCAAAGACCCACACUCUUUGGAAACGAAGCUUCGAGGUCGCAAGCACAAGUACUCCAACGACCAAGCAAACUGCGCCGCAAUCAAAGACCUAAUCGGCUGCCGAAUAGUUCUCCCUCGAUUAACAAGCGACAUCCCAACCGUCAAAGCUUUGAUCCAAAGCUAUUUCAACUUUCUGGGAGAGAAAUCACAUCCCGAACAAGGGAGCACUGGCGGCUACGUGGGCUUUCAUUUCUACGUGGCCAUGAAACAGCAUGGUUCACAGGAUGUCAGAAUCGAGAUUCAAGUCAUGUCACCCUCUCAGUACAAUUAUGCGUUCUACGAUCAUGAUGUCUUGUACAAAUAA